AUGAAAACACGAUUUGUUGAGGAGCACGGCUACUCGAACGAAACAAACAAAGCACGCGUGAAAAUAACGAGUGAACCGCGAAAGUUCCAGGAACAAGGUGCGCCGCAGCGUGAGGCGGAGUUAUUCAUAAAUCCGUUGGCGGCCGGGGCGAGCGUGGAGUUUGCGACGCGGGCGAGAUCGUUGACCCCGACGAAUAAAUCGCGAGAGGCGCCGAGGAAAAUACUGCGCCACUAUUUGUUAUCAAUGGCAAUGGCCAGGUGGCGCACGCCCCGCUGCGGACGGCACGAGCGGCACAAUCGAGUGCCAGCGCAGCCCACCUCCCUCCGAGACAUCAAUGCUUCAAAGCAGAUA